UCUAUUGUUUUCAUGUUGCAUCACAAGAAGCAAGACCGCCAUCUUGGAUUCCCGGGAGUUGAAGUCGACUGUUUUUAUUGAUCUUUUUCUCGAAGAAACUCACUUCAGAAGCGUAACAUUGCUACAAACAUGGGGGUACUGAACGUUGGCGACCAUCUAAAACAUCGGCGAAGAAUCCAAGAAACCCAGUCAGAAGAGUAUUUAUAUGAUGAUAUUAAUAACGUUGAAGAGGCUCCCAUGGAGCCACCAGCGCAAGAAAAAAAGGACUCUUAUCGGCAGCGUAAACCCAAAUCCAAACCCCAGUCUUACUACAACCACAACUAUCACAAGCCCAGGGGUGUGCGCAGUGGUCGGAGAUAUGAGAACAACUGCUUCCUGCUCAGCCUGGUUGACCAUGAAGAGAUUGGUGACCUUGAGGUGACAGACUUUGUUCACACCACCAUGUCUAUCUUUGCAUCCUUGUUCAAUGACCCUAACAAGAUGCAGAUCUGGAAUGACUUUGCUGAACUGCCAGAGGAGGACCAAGAACUCUACCUUGUGGCUCUUCGAGGAGAGCAUGCCCCCGCAGUAGAGGGUGAAGGAAUAGACAGGGAAGUGUCUACAGAAGAUGAGAGGGGGUGUGAUCAACAAGAUUUGUUUGCGCAAGCCGAUGAGAGCUUUCUCCAAAUAGGAAAAAAGUUGAGAUCAACUCUUCACAAGAGGCGCUUCCCCAUUAAAACCUUGGAAGAGAUUGAAAGAGAUGUGAUCACUUGGUUUGAGUCAUGCCCAGAUGGGGUUUUGAUAUCAAACUUGCCCUCGAGUCUUGACAGAUUGCUCACACAUGUUGUCUGCCAGUACCUUCGCCUUAUAUCCAACAGCUUCAAAUAUAAAGGAAGUCACCUAGUUGAAGUGGAGUGUCGACAUCACAGAUUUUCGGUUCCUGGUUUAACUCUUUCUCAGUAUUUGGAGAGAAAAGAUAUCAGAUAGCAUAUACUAAUAUUCUACAAUGAAAUCAUGGUUUUAUGUCAUUGCAAGCCUAACAGAGAUUAUCUCAAGGCUAUGUAUGUACAGAUAGGUUUUAGUGGUGGGAAACCUGUUUUUUUGAAUGCCAAAAAAUUGAAUGCUUGUCUUCUUACCUCACAUGAUGCUGUAAGGUUAUUAUUUUUAGAUUAUUCUAUUUAUCAGUGUUAUCUAGGAUGAGGGAAGACAUUAGAAGAUUGCUCUCCAUUA